UGUCAGUAGGACACAGCUCACAUGCAGCGCGCGCAUGCAGCAGGCAUUCCUACAGCAACCGAGUCCACGCGCAGUCAUCUGCCACUGAGAGCCGCUCUACUACAGCAGCGUGACUGGGACGGAAGGAAAGAGGGCGUGUGAACACAGUCCUUGCCAUACAAAAACACAAACUAUUUAAAGAGCAAAGAAAGGAGGGGGAAAUAGCAGGGAAUAAGCUCGGUCACAUUUGUAAGACACCUGAGAACGUGUUCGGUGUUUAUUUGUGUGACGCUUAAACUAGUUCCACAGCUCUAGCUUGGAGAAAGAUGUUUUGAAGGAAAGCGCUACUGUAAUGUGCACGAUACAGUGACAUCGUUCAAAGAGUGAAGACGGCAGGCACAGUGCCCUGUUUACCUGAAGGACAUCUGACAUUAGAGUUUCUCGAGACAUUUCCUAACAGACUUCUUGAAGUUCUCACCUGCGUGGACACGCUAAAAUAGACUCGACCCAGAUACCGGCAUUCCUUCAUCAGCAUCAGGAACCAUGGACACCAUGGACGGCAGUCCAGGUGGAGGAGUGAUUCUCUAUGCAGGCUCAACAGGAAGCGCAAGCCCCAGCCCAGGAAGCCCGUCCAGUGGGUACCAGUCCCAGUCCCCAGCUUCUCAACCCUCGUCCCCGGAGGAGGUCUCAUUCACGGAGCUUGGUGCUCUUAAAAAACAUCCAGCUGGAAGCAAUUUUAGGUCUACAGGGGGCAACAAACUGGUGUUCCAAUUUCCAGAAGUAAGCAGCGCUACCACUGUCAACCCCAUUACACCGACUGUAACAUCAUCAGGGCAAGACAGCUAUUCUCACCCAAUGGUUGGCAGGCGACCAAGUGGGUUCACGGGUACCUUUACCAAAACAGGAGGUAUGGUGUUGCUCUGCAAAGUAUGUGGGGAUGUUGCAUCAGGAUUUCACUAUGGUGUGCAUGCAUGUGAGGGAUGCAAGGGUUUCUUCCGCCGCAGUAUCCAGCAGAAUAUCCAUUAUAAGAUGUGUGUGAAGAAUGAAAGCUGUCUGAUCAUGAGGAUGAACCGCAACCGCUGUCAGCACUGUCGAUUUAAGAAGUGCCUCUCUGUCGGCAUGUCCAGAGAUGCUGUGCGAUUUGGACGCAUCCCAAAGCGUGAGAAACAACGCCUACUGGACGAAAUGCAGAGUUACAUGAACAGCCUUAAUGAAUCAUCUUCCAUGGACAUCAACUGUACUACACCCAUUGAGACUCCUUCCAGCCCUGAAGAUGGCCAGGCAGAAGAGGCCAUUGGUGCUAUUUCGCAAGCUUAUCGCAAUAUCUUUGUGAAUGGGGAGAAGUUAUUAGUAAAGAUUAAUAAUGAAAACAACAACAGUAACAACAACCCUUCUUCCUUCCGUCAUAAUCCGAUACAAGAGUUUGGCUACAGCCAGACUCACUCUCAGCCAAGCAUCUCACCCCAAUUACAUUCCAUCCAUUCCACAUCAAGCUGUCUACCCCGAUCCAGAUGCCCGGUCGCCAACCACGACAACAAACCAAAAACACAAGUUGUGGACAACAGUCAGUAUAACUUCCCACAGUCCUCAAGUCCCAACCUGGGAACUACACCUUCUCAAAGCUAUCCAUUGAAGCACAACAAUUAUUCCACUCAAACAUCUUGUCCUUGGAGACUGAGCCCUGGUGCUAAAGUUCUGGCAUGUCCUCUCAAUGCAUGUCCCGUCUCCCCAGCCAGUCACUCCAGUCAACAGGUUUGGGAGAGUUUUUCCCAGUGCUUCACUCCAGCUGUUAAAGAAGUGGUUGAAUUUGCCAAGAGCAUUCCAGGGUUUCAGGCCCUGAGUCAACAUGAUCAGGUCAUGUUACUGAAGGCAGGAACCUUUCAGGUUCUAAUGGUGAGGUUCUGCUCGCUGUUUGAUGCCAAGGAGCGUACCCUAACAUUCCUGAAUGGUCAGACCUACCCAUUGGCAUCCCUGCGAGUGCUAGGCAUGUGUGGCCUUUUGGACGCCAUGUUUGAGUUCAGCGAGAAGCUGGGGAACAUGGGUCUGGAGGCCGAUGAGAUGGCCCUCUUCAUGGCUGUGGUGCUAGUUUCUGCAGAUCGUUCAGGUAUCUCAGAUGUAGGGGCCGUAGAGCAGCUCCAGGAGGAUUUGAUCGGCGCUCUUCGUGCUCUCAUCACUCGGCGAAGGCCAGAGGACAGCUCACUCUUCCCCAAACUCCUGCUACGUCUGCCUGACCUCCGUACCCUCAACAACCAGCACUCCGAGAAACUCCUAGCCUUCCAUAUUGACCCCUGAGAACAGAAAGAGACAACUACCAAACCUACCCAAGUCUACACAUUGAUAAAUAAUAGAUUCAGGGUGCUCUUCUUGUACAAAAAAAGCCAUGUAUAAUUCAGGAGAAACAUCUGAUUUUUGACUUGCAUUUAAACAAACACCUCAGACUUGCUCCACCACAAGUUAAAGCUUUUCCGAUGUAACAAAAGAAGUACAAAAGUAUGGAGCAGAUGCUGGACAAUUGGACUUUUCAGAGAAGUUUUCAAGAAAUUGAAAAUCAAAAGAAGAUGAAGAAUAUGUUUUUCUUUCUACAAUGGACGAUUGAAGAGAUCAUGAGGUGAUGACUGUUUUUAUAACUAGAAUUAAUCUGGGCUCACAGUGGAAGAUCAGUAUUGGUAUUAAGGAUUGGGCCAUCACUCCAGAUGCUAUGCAUUUAUCAUCGUAUCGUUCAACACAUUGUCCAACCUUUCAGAUAAACUUCUCUUAUUAAAUCGACAGCUAUUUGAAUUCAAUAAUUUCAUUUAACACAUUCUUUAUAAAUAUUGUUUAUUGCUCGUGUCAGGCACUCAAAACCUUGGUUGUAAAAACAUGUAUUAUAAUUGAAAUAUAUGAUAGUUUCUUAUAACUCUAUAAGACUGUAAUGUGUAUUCUCGUGUGGUUAUGUCAUGACAAUACCA